UCUUCUUAAGAUCCCAUCCUCCAUUAAAGGAACCAAAAAACCUUCAAUACGCAUCUCUCUCUCUCUCUCUCUCUCUCUCUCUCUCUCUCUCUCUCUCCACCGAUCAUACUGUUGUUUCAUCUUCAAGCUUUUGUUUUCAUGGCACUCCUCACUUUUCCUUCGUCUGAAACGCAAAAGGUACAACCCACAAAGCACACCAGCAGCAGGAGAAAACAAUACGAACUCCAACACCAACAAAAACCGAAACCGAAACCUAAAUCCAAACCCAAACACCAAACUCCACCCUCUUCUUCAUGGGAUCAGUUCAAGAACUUAUUAACCUGUAAACAAAUGGACGUCGUCGGUUCAAAUAAGGCUCAAGACCCGGUUAAGAAUCCGAAUAACCAUUCGAAGUUGAGCUCUUGCAGCUCUAUAUGCAGUUUCAGAGAUGUUGUGCAUGGCAAUACAAGGGUUGUUCAUAGAGCUGAUAACUCGCCGGAGAGUAGCAGCGUUGGUCUUAAUUCCGGCCAUAUAAACCGGAAAAAAGAGCUCUCCGGUGGUGGAUCUUCUUCUUCGAAGACCAUCUCUGGUUCAGUGAGAUCCAACGCUCAUGGGAGUUACACGUCGUGUUCUAGAGGCAUGCAAUUCAGAAAGCUUUCUGGGUGUUAUGAAUGUCAUGCCAUUGUUGAUCCUUCAAGGUAUACAAUACCAAGAAGUACCAUUUGUGUCUGUUCACAAUGUGGAGAGGUGUUUCCUAAAAUGGAGAGCUUGGAACAUCAUCAGGCUGUUAGACAUGCUGUGUCGGAGCUGGGUCCGGAUGAUUCGGGUCGAAAUAUCGUGGAGAUAAUAUUCAAAUCCAGCUGGCUCAAGCGUGACCAUCCGAUAUUCACAAUCGAACGAAUCUUAAAAGUCCAUAAUACACGUCGGACCAUUCAACGUUUCGAGGACUGCCGUGACGCCGUUAAGAUUCGCGCGAACGCCACCGCCUCCCGAUGCGCCGCCGACGGAAAUGAACUCCUUCGGUUCCACUGCACCACUCUUUCUUGCUCCUUAGGCUCCCGGAACUCCUCUAGCCUCUGCAGCUCCGUCCCUGGCUGCGGCGUUUGUACCAUCAUCCGUCAUGGGUUCCAAGGCCCCAAGUCCGGCGGAAUCGGUGGUGGUGAUGGUGGAGGAAAGGGCGGCGUGCGAACUACCGCUAGUAGUGGUAGGGCACAUGACUGUCUUGGAGUUGAUGCGCAUGGGCUGAGGUCGAUGCUUGUCUGUCGGGUUAUUGCUGGGAAAGUGAGACGCGUGGCGGAAAACGCGCCGCCGGAGGAGGAGGGGCCGUACGACUCGGUGGCUGGGUAUAGUGGGUUGUACUCUAAUCUUGAGGAGCUGUACGUUUAUAAUCCUAGGGCCAUUCUGCCAUGUUUUGUCGUUAUAUACAAAGCCCUUCAAAGCUGACGUCAUAAAUAAUUUUGUGGAUGUAUUUUCUUUUUUUCUUUUGUACUUUUCCUUUAAGAAUGUGGGUUUAACCUUUAGUUUGUUA